GCGGCCGCACUGAUUAGCAAAGCAAAGUGUAGUUUCCAGAGCCCGUCAGCGAGCUGCGAAGGACUGCGUUUUAAUUACAUUUUACAACAGCGGACACGCACGGAUAAAAUAGCGCAAGUACUCGGAGUGGAGGUACAUUUCGAGGAGUUGUUCGGAGGCGAGCGGCGGGAGAGAGAAGGAUACACAUUAAUUCAGUGGGAAUGCGGGGAAUUAAAUAGAUACUUAGGCAUUUUGUGGCUACAAGUGUGUGUGGCUCUGCAACCCAUCCUGAGAGCAGACGGAAAACUUGAGUCCCACUUACGACUGACUUCAGCGUUCACGUCUGGAGUGGUAAUGUCUUGACUUGGUGGUCUCUCCAGCCCAGUAAAGGACGAGCCUGUGCAGAGUUGCUGCUAAUGGGAACUCCUGCUCCGCCAUGAGUGCUCGUGAUGGCGUCGGGGGCAUGGGCACCCUGGGCCGGCGGCCGCGCUUCGAGAACUCAGAGUUCACCGUGCGCAUCUACCCUGGCUCCCUGGCCGAGGGCACCAUCUACUGCCCGAUCAGCGCCCGCAAGACCACCACAGCAGCUGAGGCCAUCGAACGCGUCAUUGAGCGCCUGCAGCUGGACCGCACCAGGUGUUAUGUUCUGGCUGAAGUGAAGGAAUUUGGCGGGGAAGAAUGGAUUCUCAACCCCAGCGACUGCCCCGUGCAGCGGAUGAUGCUCUGGCCCCGAGUGGCACUAGAGCACCGGCCGCUGUCUGGCGGAGAAGAUUACCGCUUUCUUCUCAGGCAGAAGAACCUGGAUGGCUCGAUUCACUAUGGGGGCAGCCUCCAGAUGUGGCUGCAGGUCACAGAGGAGCGCCGGCGCAUGGUGGAACGUGGCCUGCUGCCACAGCCCGAGGCUCAGGGGGACCACGCAGACCUUUGCUGCCUGCCGGAGCUCAACGAGCGCUCGCUGCUGGACAACCUGCGCUCGCGCUUCCGCCAAGAAAAGAUCUACACGUAUGUCGGAAGCAUUCUCAUCGUCAUUAACCCCUUCAAGUUCCUGCCCAUCUACAACCCCAAGUAUGUAAAGAUGUAUGACAACCACACGCUGGGUGAUUUGGAGCCACAUAUUUACGCGGUGGCGGAUGUGGCGUACCACGCCAUGCUGCAGAAGGAGAGAAACCAGUGCAUUGUUAUAUCUGGGGAGAGUGGAUCUGGGAAGACGCAAAGCACAAACUUUCUCAUCCAUCAUCUGACCGCUCUCAGCCAGAAGGGUUUUGCCAGUGGAGUGGAGCAGAUCAUCCUGGGGGCCGGGCCAGUACUAGAGGCAUUUGGGAACGCAAAGACAGCCCAUAAUAACAACUCGAGUCGCUUUGGCAAGUUCAUUCAGGUGAACUACCAGGAGAGCGGCACUGUGAGAGGAGCAUAUGUGGAGAAAUACCUGCUGGAGAAGUCGAGGCUGGUCUAUCAGGAGCACAAUGAGCGAAACUACCAUGUAUUUUACUACCUGCUGGCAGGAGCAAGUGAAGAAGAGAGGAAAUCCUUUCACCUCAUGAAGCCUGAAGAAUACCAUUACCUCAGUCAGAUGCCAAAGUCAACCCACCAACUGCACUGGGACAGUUACUGUGAUAGUGAACCGGACUGCUUCAAUGUUGAAGGAGAAGACCUGAAGCAUGACUUUGAGAGGCUUCAGCAGGCCAUGGAGAUGGUGGGCUUUCUCCCUUCCACGCGCAAACAGAUCUUCUGCCUGCUGUCCGCCAUCCUUCACCUGGGAAACAUCCGCUACAAGAGGAAAACCUACAGGGAGGACUCGAUAGACAUCUGCAACCCAGAGGUGCUCCCUGUCGUCUCAGAACUACUGGAGGUGAAAGAAGAGAUGCUGUUUGAAGCUCUGACGACACGGAAGACGGUCACUGUCGGAGAGAAGCUGAUUGUUCCCUACAAACUUUCAGAGGCUGGUACGGUGCGAGACUCCAUGGCGAAGUCCCUGUACAGUGCUCUGUUUGACUGGAUCGUCUUCAGGAUCAACCACGCUCUGCUCAAUAUUAAAGACCUGGAGGAGACCACCAAGAUCUUGUCAAUUGGAGUGCUCGAUAUCUUUGGAUUUGAGGAUUAUGAAAACAACAGCUUCGAACAGUUCUGCAUCAACUUUGCUAACGAACGUCUCCAGCACUACUUCAACCAGCACAUCUUCAAGCUUGAACAGGAGGAAUACAGGGCAGAGGGCAUCAGCUGGCACAACAUUGACUACAUCGACAACACAGGCUGCAUCAACCUGAUCAGCAAGAAGCCCACAGCGCUGUUCCACCUCCUGGACGAAGAGUGCAAUUUCCCUCAGGCCACCAACCAGACCCUGUUGGAUAAGUUCAAGCGGCAGCAUGAGGGGAACAGCUACAUCGAGUUCCCUGCUGUCAUGGAGCCCGCCUUCAUUAUCCGACAUUAUGCCGGCAAGGUCAAGUACGGGGUCAAGGAUUUCAGGGAGAAGAACACAGACCACAUGCGUCCAGACAUCGUGGCUUUACUGAAGAGCAGCAAGAACGCCUUCAUCUGCGGGCUGAUGGGCAUCGAACCCUCAGCCACUUUCCGCUGGGCGGUACUCCGAGCCUACUUCAGGGCCCUGGUGGCUUUCAGAGAGGCCGGGAAGAGACACACGCAGAGAAAGCCUGGGCAUGAUGACGCUGCUCCCUGUGCAGUUUUGAAAAGUGUGGAUAGUUUUAGCUUUCUGCAGCACCCUGUGCAUCAGAGAAGCUUAGAGAUCCUGCAGAGAUGCAAAGAGGAGAAGCACAGUGUGACCAGAAAGAGUCCUCGAACCCCAUUAUCAGACCUUCAAGGAAGCAACACCAUCAAUGAGAACUCACCACGGAGUUCUCCGGGCCUUGGCUGGAACGGGCGCGUCGGUCGACUCCGAUGCCUUUCCUCCAGCAGCUCCACCACAGAAGAAGACGGCAUCUUUGUCAACUCUGCCAGUAGCAAACUCCUUGAGAGAGCCCACGACAUCCUCAUGAGGAACAAAAACUACAAAUCCAAGCCAGUUCUUCCCAAGCAUUUACUGAACGUCAGGUCACUGAAGUACCUGAGCAACCUGACGCUUCACGACCGCAUCACCAAGUCGCUGCUGCACCUCCACAAGAAGAAGAAACCACCCAGUAUCAGCGCUCAGUUCCAGGUCUCCCUCAACAAGCUCAUGGAGACUCUGGGUCAGUCUGAGCCUUAUUUUGUCAAGUGCAUCCGUUCCAAUGCUGAGAAGCUGCCCUUGAGGUUUAAUGAUAACCUGGUGCUGAGGCAGCUGCGAUACACAGGUAUGCUGGAGACUGUGCGCAUCCGCCAGUCGGGCUACAACAUCAAGUACAGCUUCAAGGAUUUUGUCCAUCACUUCUGUGUGCUGCUCCCAGAGGGCACCAGUGCCACCAGAGAGGGAAUCCAGCAGAGCCUGGACCAGCAGGACCUAGAACCAGAUGGCUACCAAGUGGGAAAGACAAUGGUGUUUCUGCGGGAGGCUGAGCGUCAGCAGCUGCAAGCCCUGCUCCACACUGAAGUUCUCAGAUGCAUCGUCACGCUGCAGCGGAGAUUCAGAGCCCGGCUGGAGAGGAAGCAGUUUGUCAGAAUGAGAGCAGCAGCGAUCUGCAUCCAGAAAUGGUGGCAUCUGUACCGGCCUAUAGAAGAGGAGGAGGAGGAGGAUUAUGACCCUAGCGUCCAGGAGGGGGCAGCUCUGUGUCUGCAGACGAACUGGCGAGGUUACAGGGAGCGUCAGAGGUUCAGGCUGUGGAGGGAAGCAGCUGUGGUGCUGCAGAGGGCCUGGAGGUUAUGGCUGUCCCGGCGCUGCACCGCCGCCCUGGUGAUCCAGACGGCCUGGCGCUGUCAUCAGGCCAGAGACGCCUAUCUGCGUCUGUACGCAGCUGUGGAGCAGCUACAGGCGCUAAGCAGAGGCUUCCUCGCCAGGCAGAGCUUCAGAAAACUGAGAGAGGAGAGGCUGAGGGAGAAGAAGGAGCAGCAGGAGAAGCUGCUUCAACUACAGAAUGGCCAGGUGAGUCCCUCACAAGAGGAAGAGGAGGACUCCCCAGAGAGGAUCACGGGUUUGGACCUCAGCACGUGGGAGGAUCGCUCCUACGAGCAGCGAGAAAGGAGCCUGCAGGUCCUCAACAGCCAUGAGGGCGCAGUGAAAGAGGAAGAAGAAGGACGAGAACAUUCUGGGACCAGCGGGAGUCCCUCUAAAGUGCAAACUGAAGCACCGGACUCGAUGCAGACCUCGACUGUGGUGGUGCGAGAGAGGUCCAGAACUAUAGACGAGCCCAGCCAGAAAACCACUCGGGCCAAGAGGGAGAGCCGGCGGAUGAGAGAGUUGGAGCAGGCCAAGUUCAGCCUUGAGCUCCUGAAGGUCCGGGCGACCAGCGGGGGGGCCUCGUCUCCCUCGGAGGAGCGACGCUGGUCCCUGGAACUGGUGCCUCCUGCGACCCCGCCUCUUCGCUCCCCGCAAGGCACGCCCGACAGCCAGAGCUCCAAAGGCAGCUUCGAGCUUCUCAGCAUGGAGGACGAGCCACCCAAGGCUGUAGAAGAGAUCACAGACAGCGAGGACCUCUGCUCCCCUGUUCUCCCAGUAGCUCCUGUACCUGAAUUUAAUAUGGAUAUUGUUUCAUCAAGCCGAAUGCCAGUUGAACCCCACAGGACUGAGGUUUCUGAUGCUGUUGUGCAUCCAGGAAGCAAGACCAACAUGGAUCUACCUGCCCCCUCUGCUCCCACACAUCCGCCCAAACUCAAGAACUACCUCCCUACCUUUUACGUCCCUGCUAGUGAGGGCAGCACAGUCGUGUCCCGUCGUCCUGCUGAAGAGCCCAAACCAAAAACAGAGGUUGUCUCCACCACCACUGUUACCAGGCCUUUUAAAGAGAGGCGGGAGUCAUCGCGUCGACCAGUGGUGGUGGUUAUCAGCAUGCAGAAAGAAACCCCGAUAAGCCAAGAGCUGAGUGAUAUUGUCCGUCCCCUUGUGGAGGUUCGAGAUUCUGCAGCCCAGACGGGGGAAAAAUCAGACCCCACCCCUGUCCCUCGAGCUGACCAGGCCAUCAUAGAGAAGCUAGUGCGACUGAACGAGGAGAAGGAGGUGAGGCAGCGGAAUCAGCGGCAGCAGAAUGAGAAGGAGAUGAUGGAGCAGAUCAGGCAGCAGAAAGAAGCUCUGGAGCAGCAGCGUCUUUUCUUCGCUCAGUAUGAGAGAGACAUGUUUGAGAAACAGAGAGGGGAAGCUCUGCAUAAGAUCCAGCAGAGUCGACAGGGCGGAGCAGAUGUUGGUGGAGAUGCGACCUCAGUGAAGCCCAUUAGACCCAGCUCCCUGCUGAUCGAGAAGACAGCAGGGUUAGCUCCUAAUGUCAGAACACGCUCAGUCUCCAGCGCCCCAUCAGUGCCCUCUCACCCGGUUGUAAACCUGCAGAACAUUGCCCCUCGCCCUCAGCUGCCCCCUCCACCUGCCUCUGUUUCCAGAGACAAACGCAGGGAGAACAGGCCUGUUGCUGAAGGGUGGGCACCUAAACUCACCCUGGAGUCUAAAGAUGGAGGAGGAGGAACCAGAGCGAAGACUGCACUCAAGAAGCCUCCAAUCAAUCAAGGCGCUAAAGUUAAUAUGACGGACAAACCGAACAUCUUCUUCUCUCCAAAGGACAAAGUGACCUUUACAAAGUUUGACCGUGAUGCUGUCCCUAAAGUAGCACCUGCAGUGAUUCCCGGAGAAGGACCCUCACCAGUCCCCAAGCCCUCCAAAGGAGCAAAAGUGCGAGAUGUUGGCAGAGCAGGCCAAAAAAAGAAAGUCCGAAUGGCACGGACCCGUUCCGACUUCCUCACCCGCGUCCCCAUCGUCUCAGUUGGAGACGAUUCAGACGAGGAUGACACCCCCCGUCAUCACUCUCUUCCCCUCUCCAAUCCGAGCUCCCCGGAGGCGGGCUUAAGAGAGCCCUGUUUCAGUGACUCAGACAUGCCUGCCAGCUCUGAGGAGCAGAAGAAGAAACACAAAGCCAUGUCGUCAGGAGAUCUGGGCAAAGUGGACUCCCUGCGCAAAAACUCACAAGAUGGAAGGGUUCGUAGGAUGCGCUUCUGGGGCAAGACAAAGUAUGGGGAAAAGAAGACUUCCAGAGAAAAGCUGAUCUGUGGUGGUGACUCUUUGGAUGGAGACUAUGGAGACACUGGGCCAUUGCUGGGAGAGGCAGGUCAGGAGAACAUGUCGCCGCCCUGCAGUCCUGAUAUGAUGUUAGAUCGAGGGUUCAGAGACUUGAAGGAGAACAAGGAGCCGUCUCCCAAGGUGAAGCGGCGGCGCAGCGUUAAGAUCAGCAGCGUGGCUCUGGAAUCGACUCAGUGGCAGAACGACGCUCUGCAGAUCCUCACCUGCACCAACGACUACAGGAGCAUGAACGACUUCCUCAUGAAGAAGAUCAACGACUUGGAUACAGAGGACAGUAAGAAGGACACCAUGGUGGAUGUUGUGUUUAAAAAGGCUUUGAAGGAAUUCCGUUUGAAUAUCUUCAACUCUUACUCCACGGCUCUUGCAAUGGACGAUAAUAAGAGCAUCCGCUACAAAGACCUGUACGCUCUGUUUGAGCAGAUCUUGGAGAAGACCAUGCGACAGGAGCAGAGGGACUGGAGAGAGUCUCCUGUCACAGUGUGGGUCAACACCUUUAAAGUGUUCCUGGAUGAGUUCAUGACUGAGUACAAGCCUCUGGACAGCACAGUCAGCAGGCAGGUACCUAAACCUGAGCGUAAAAAGACGAGGAAGAAGGACACGGAUAUUGUGGAGGAGCAUAACGGACACAUCUUCAAGUCCACCCAGUACAGCAUCCCCACAUACUGUGAAUACUGCUCAUCACUCAUCUGGAUGAUGGACCGUGCCUGUGUGUGCAAAUUGUGCCGGUACGCCUGCCACAGAAAGUGCUGCCAGAAGACGACCAACAAAUGCAGCAAGAAGUUUGAUCCAGAGCUUUCCUCCAGACAGUUCGGAGUGGAGGUGUCUCGUCUGACUAAUGACGAGAGGACGGUGCCCCUGGUAGUGGAGAAGCUUAUCAACUACAUCGAGAUGCAUGGCCUCUACACUGAAGGAAUAUACAGAAAAUCUGGCUCCACCAACAAAAUCAGGGAACUCAAGCAGGGACUCGACACAGAUGUAGACAGCAUGAAUCUGGACGAGUACAACAUCCACGUCAUCGCUAGUGUUUUCAAGCAGUGGCUGAGAGACCUGCCUAAUCCUCUGAUGACAUUUGAGCUGUAUGAUGAGUUCAUACGGACCAUGGUUUUGCAAGAUAAAAAGGAAUUGAUCCGAGGAGUGUAUUCAAUUAUUGACCAGCUAAGCAGAACUCAUCUAAACACUCUGGAACGCCUCAUAUUUCAUCUCGUCAGGGUCUCUUUACAAGAGGACACAAAUCGGAUGUCUGCUAACGCCUUGGCUAUAGUUUUUGCUCCCUGCAUCCUGCGCUGUCCUGACACCAUCGAUCCCAUGCAGAGUGUCCAGGACAUCGGCAAGACGACAGCGUGUGUCGAACUUAUCAUUUGUGAACAGAUGAAUAAGUACAGAGUUCGACUAAAGGACAUCAACAGCCUGGAGUUUGCAGAGAAUAAGGCCAAGUGCAGACUGACCCACAUUCGCCGAUCGAUGAAACCUGUACUAAUAGCUGUUAGAUUUAUGAACAUAAUGCGCACUAUGACAAUUGCAGCUAAAAAGGGAAAAGGCCAUGUACAGCAAAUAAGCUACCACACACCCUCGCCUCCAGUUAGUCCGCGGCUGCCAUCAGUGGUGGACCCUGUGAUAGAGGAGAGUGGCUGUGAAGAGGGAGAGGACUCUUUAACCGAAAUCUCCGAGCAUCAGCAGGCAGCCAUGCAGCAGGAAGAGAGAGUGUUGACAGAGCAAAUCGAAAGCCUGCAGAAAGAGAAAGAGGAGUUGACUUUUGAGAUGCUGUCUCUGGAGCCACGAGCCUCAGAUGAUGAGACCCUGGAGUCGGAGGCUUCUAUCGGUACAGCCGACAGCUCGGAAAACCUCAAUGUGGACUCUGAGGGAACCUUCUCGGAUUUCUCUGAGAAAGGUCCAGUGUUGACUUCCCCCUGGCCUCGGAGGUCUGACAUGACGAGCCCCCGCCGGCGUGCUCUCCGCAGGCAGCCAGAGUCCCUGGACUCUGUUGACUCCAGUGUUUCCUCCUACUCUUCCUCAUCACAUUACCAACCAUCGUCCUCGUCCUCUUCUGCCACCAGCCGGCGCUUUCGUUUCCACUCCAAGUCUCCCUCUGCAGGCUCAGGUCCAGCACAGGCUCAGGCUCUGAAUACAUCUCAAGCCUCUCGAUCCGACUGCUUAGACAUCAGCCCUACAGGAGAUCAGGAAGGACAUAGCGAAAGACCCCAGUUUACCAGCCGAGGCACAUUCAACCCAGAGAGGGGCAAACAGAAACUUAGAGGGGCCAAGCCUUCUUCCCUGAGGCACUCCAGAGGAGGCAGUGGCCAUAGCAGGGACCCUCCAGACAUACCACAGCAGCUUGUGUUGUAUGGCAGUAAUGAAUUCAUGGUAUGAAGGUCACUGCGACACCAAAGCACUCCCUUUCCAACUCCCUGGCAAGCGUUUACAUUCUCAGUGGGAGGUAACGUAAUGGCAACUGAUUUCCAAUCUUCAAAGCACUCUUGCUUCGCUUUUCCUGAAGUCCGCGAUGAAGUGUCCUCAAGUGCAGUGUACAGUGUUUCCAUGUUUGAACUGCCACCCAUGCUCUCGCAGUGCCUUGGCAGCUCUUUACUUGGCGCCAAGAGGAGAUGCACUGAGAAGGACCGAGAAAAGGGAACGUUGAAUAUGCAGGAGACCACUCGGCAUCAGGGAAUGUUACAGAGCUUGGAAAACGGAAGAUAAAUGAGAAGAAAUCCGGCAACAUCAGGCGUCACAGAUGUUACAGUGAACUUAAAGCUCACAAUAAUUAGCUGCUUUAUGAGUUUACAUUUCAUAACAAUCAGUGUAAGCAGCAGUUGCUCUGUUACUACCAAUUCAUUUUCCUUAUUUAAUUAAUUUUAAUGUCACAGACAUUCUUUAUAGCAUAUAAUAUACAGGUAAAAAUACUGUACAAAGCCGGAACACCAGCCUCUGCUGGGUAGUUGAAGUUAAAUAUUUAUCUUUUUAUUUUACAUUUUUUUUUGAGUAUCUUGGAAAGAGAUGUACGGAUUUGGGAAGAGGAUGAUUUGUGUGUGUGUGUGUUUGUGCGGCAGAGCGAGAAAGUAUGAUUGUAUGUAUGUGUGUGAAAGAGAAAAUCACUUCAUGUGUUUUGAGUUUGUGCUGCUUUUUUCCCCCUUACAAGGGAAAUACCGCCAUCAAAGGGACCAAUCAGCUGGUGCGUAUUCCAGCCAAAGGGGAUCCCAGCUCUGUAAAGAAUGUCGGCUGUGUAUAAAAUCCCUGCAUUCACUGCUUAACAGCCAUACAACAAUUGUAAUUGUACAGUACAGUUCAUAUGUACAGUAUAGUGGACAAAUGCCAUUAUAUUCUUGAAACCUAUUGUUUCCCAUCCACUCCCAAACCCAUCCCCACCCCCUGUCUCUAAAGUGUUUGCUCAAUGGCAACCAAGAAAAAACAUAAAAUCA